AUGAGGGGUUUGAUAUCAGAAAGAGAGACUCUGGCACAGGAGGGGAAUACUUUAAAAUUAGAGAAAGAUUCAUUGUUAUCAAAACUUUUAGAACUGGAAUCCAAGUUUAUGUUUUUGCAACAAGACCAAGAAAAGCUUUGGACAAUAAAUGAAGAACUUAAUUCAGAAAAUAAAAAAAUCCUAAAGGAAAAGGAAGAAGCUGAGGUGAAAAGCCGGCAGAAAAGCACAGAAAAGAUGACGCUAAUUUCUGAGAAAGGCAAAUUACUCUCUGAAAUAGAGGCAGCACAGGAAGAUCUUCUGAAGAUAACUCAAGAAAAUGAGGCUCUCCGGUCUGUGGAGUCAACCUUGCUCCAACAGCUGAAAGAACUUCAGGCCAGUAAAGAUGCCAUGGAUAUGGCAUGUCAGAAGCACCUCAGGGAACAGAAGGAACUAGAGGAUUAUCAGAAGAAACUUUUAGACGAGAACGAUGCGCUUGUUAAAGACAAGGACAGUGUCGUUCAGAAGCUGAAAAGUUCUUACGAGGACCUGGCCAGAGAUCAGAGAGAGCUGCUGCAAGAAGUGUCGGCUCUGACUAGAGAGAGAGAUUCAGCCCUAGGUAAAUAUUUGGAUCUCGAAAGUACACAUACAGCCUUAAAAAAUGAAACAGAUCGUCUGUUGCAGACAAGCCAGAGUCUGCAAUCUGAGAAGGAAGAGCUCCUUAAAGGCAUAGAAGAGCUGCGGGUGAGCUUAGCCACUGCUGUUAGCGAAAAUCAGGCUUUAAACGUGACAACAGAAGAGCUGCAAGCAGAAUUAGAGGCUGAACAUAAAGAACUUAAAAAGGUGAUAAAAGACAAUAUGGAGUUGAAGGCUUCCCUUGAUAGUCUCUCUCAGCUUCUUGAGGAAAUUAAGGCCUCAAGGGAGCUCUCUGACUCUGAAUGCAUUCAGUUACUUCAAGAGAAGGAGGCUCUUUCUUCAUCAGGACGAAGGCUUUUGGCUGAAAGGGAGGAACUUUUAAAUGAAAACAAGGCAAUUGCUGAAAAGCUUGCAAAGGCCACAGCAGAUGCUGCACUUGCUGAGAGAGUCCUUACUGAGAAAAUCGGUGAACUGAGCUUAGAAAAGGAAUCUGUUUUUCGUAAGUCAUUGCAGUUUGAAAAGCAGAACGAAGCUCUUUUCCAAGAGAAGAAUGAAUUGGAGAGCAAAUACUUGGCGCUUCUUGAUGAAAGUAAGUCUUCUGCAAAUGCCAUUUCUGAUAUGAAGAGAAAACACGAGCUGGACCUCUCAGCCAAGAGAGUUCUGGUCCAAGAGAAUACCACACUCCAAGACUCCAUUGAAGCCCUCAAGGAAGAAUUAGGCAAGAAGACUCUGGAAAAUCAAGAGCUAAUAGCCUGUAAAUGUGACCUUUCACAUCUCCUGAAAGAGACUCAGGAUGCCAAAAGAACCUUAGAAAAUGAACUAUCUGCCAUAUCACAUGCCAAGCAGGUCCUGUCAUCUUCAUUCAAGACCUGUUCCUCUGAUAGGGAGGUGCUGAGUAGAGAGAGGACUGAACUGCAAGAUAAGUGUCAGAAAUUAAGUGGAGAGGUUGAGAUUAUGAAAGAAAACUUAACCAUAGAAAAGGAAGCUAGAAAGCUGGACAAGGAAUCCUUUUUGUUGGAGCGUACGGAACUUCAAAACAGCAUCAGCUUCUUGGAGAAGGAAACAGAAGGGCUGAGAGAGAAAAAUAAAGAAUUGCUGACCGAGAAAGAACUUUUGAUCCAGCAGAAAGAAAAAUCCGAAUCUAAACUGGAGGAAAUAAUUAAAGAAAAGGAAAUUCUCAGUGCAGAGACGAAACAACUUGCUUCCAAUAUUGAACAGCUGAAGAGUGACUUUGCUGCUUUGUCUAAAUCAAAAGCAGAGCUCCAGGACUUGCACAGCUGUCUCUCCAAGAUCCUAGAAGAUCUCAGAGACAGCCACGAGGUGACAGAGAAGGAGAGGAUAAAGUUGCUGCAGGAAAAUGAGAGCCUGCUUGCUGAACAGAAGUGUCUGGUCAUCAUUAAGGAUGAAAUACUAAAAGAGAAGGAGAAAUUCUCCAAGGACUAUUAUAAACUGCAUCAGGAAGUAGCACUUUUAGCACAAACUAAUAGUGACCUCUCAGGCAAACUGCUGGUCUUUCAGGACAAAAAUCAGAUGCUGUUGGAGGAGGUGAACAGUAUGGCUUUGAAAUUAAAAGAAACUGAGACUCUGCAGGCCCAAAGAGUAACGCAAAAAUUUGAGGUAUUGAAACACGUUGUUAAACAAUCAAGUAUAGUUAUACUAACCCUGAGCACUAACUCAAUGGUUUCCUGUCUUCACUUCAUUGCACAAUCAGCACUUCAUCUGAGUGUAAACAGACCGGAAUUAUCUUCCGUCUCAGUGUAUUACCUAGUUUAUUUCAAAUUGUAA